UUCAAAGGGCGGACGGACUGUGCAGCAGGGGCUGCUCCUGGGGCGCCUAGGCUAGCUCAUCCCUUCCUGGGCCCUUCAGAGGGUAGAUAUGGAUCCCCAGCGACUCCCCUGGCCAGCACGCACCCUAAUCUACACAAUGGGAUUGUGAAGGCAGACACUUCUGGGGGCUCCUGUGCAGCUUUCGCUCUUUGGAUGAUGGGUGACGACAGACUUUCUGACCACCCCAAAUCCACGGAAUUUCUCGACAUCUAUUUGGAAGACAACCUGCAGCCCAGCCCAGGAGUGCCCUCGAGGGAACCGAGCAGCCACCCUGAAUCUCCUGGACCUUGCAGGGAGCAGACCUGGGCCUUUGACCCUCCUGAUUCCAAGGGGCAAGAUGCCCCCAGGGGCCCUGACACAGAGCCCGUGCAUCUGGAGAGCUGCUCUUCCCAAGGGGAGCACAGGCAGAGAACAACACCCCCUGGGUCUCCUGGAGCCAGCCAUCCUCUGGGGAGCCCACAGCAGAGCCAGAGCACUUCCGCCCAGGUCAUGUUCUGGGCUGGCAUCCUGCAGGCCCAGAUGUGCGUCCUUGACCUGGAGGAGGAGCUGGAGAAGACGGAAGGGCUCAGGGCUGAGCUGAGAUGCUGCCUCCCCACGGCCCCUGCAGAUCUACCCCGCUUCCCCUCCAGCCCAGUGAGUCCCCCGGACUCAGGCCCCCAGCCAAGGUCCCCACCCAUGGAGGAGGACUCACGGGAAGACAUCAGCAGGCCUGAGGGGGAGAGCCAGGGGUGGCUGAGGGAGGGAAUGCCAGGCUCUUCUCCGGAAUGGGGUGCCGAGGAGGAGAGUCUGUUCUUCGACAACCCCCUCUUCCUGGAGAGCCCGGGCUCGGAGACCAGCGCUUCCGGAGAGCAUGUUUCCUGGAGGUUCCCAGACACCCUUGUGGAUGGGAGGACUGAGCCUGAGCACCCACAGACCCAGGAGCCCCCCCUCCCAGGAGGUUACGUUCCCUGGAAGCUGGGAAGUGAGCCAGAUUUGGGGGACGGCACAGAUGAUUCCAGUGGGCACACCGCCCCUCCGGUCCCUGUGCCCAUCUACAAAGUACAUUCCCUCUCCUGGGCCACAGAGGGCAUCACCGAGGGGUCUCCUGCAGCACUUCCGGGCCAGGUGGAGAGUGAGAAUUCCUCAAGGGACGUGGUUGAUCUUGCCCCAUCUGCAGCAUCUUGUGUGGACAGAGCAUUGGCCUGGGAGUCAGGACACUUCGGAUCUGGCCCAAGCCCUGCCACACACCCUGUGCAACCUUGGGCCAUGGCCUGCCCAGAGGGUUGGCAGACCGAGGAGGCUUCUUCCUGGCCCCAGGUACCUCUCAGCUCCCAGGACACAGGUGAGAGUGAUGCUGAGCAUCUGCAGGAUUCUGCCACCUGCGCCUUGGUCCCUGGCCCCUGGGGGAGCCCAGCUUCUUCGCCAGAGCUGAGCAGCCCAGAGUCUGAGAGCCGAGGUCCUGGCCCCUGGCCCAGCCCUGUGUCCUCCCAGGAGGGGAGCCCCCAGCUGCCAUGCCACCACUCAGGUAGCAUCGUCCCCAAGAGGACACUUAGUGCUUCACACCUUUCACUCUUGGAGACAGAUGGGGCAGAGCCAAGUUCCGUGGAGAAAGAGAAGGCAAGGGAGGCCCCAAGCUCAGAGGAGGAAGUAAAGAGUGAAGACACAGUCAGAACUGCAGAGGCCAGAGCUGUCCAGCUGGACAUUCACUCGACUUCUACAGAAGGGCUUCCUGAGAACCCCAUGCCCCAAGUACAGUCCCCAGAGGAAGGCCAGAGGCCACAGGCUGGAGACAAGCUGGCUAAUGGCGUCAGGACCGACAAGGUGGCCUGGAACUUGGCCUCACGCCUCUAUCACCUGGAGGGUUUCCGGAAGUCUGAAGUGGCUGCCUACCUGCAGAAGAACAAUGACUUCAGCAGGGCUGUGGCUGAGGAGUACUUGUCCUUCUUCCAGUUUGGAGGCCAGAGCCUGGACCGUGCCCUCCGGGGCUUCCUCCAGGCCCUAGUGCUCAGUGGAGAGACUCAGGAGCGAGAGCGAAUCCUCUACCAGUUCUCAAAGCGCUUUCACCACUGCAAUCCCGGGGUCUUCUCCUCAGUAGAUUCUGUGCACACCUUGACCUGUGCGAUCAUGCUCCUUAACACGGACCUGCAUGGACAGAACAUUGGGAAAAGCAUGAGCUGCCAAGAAUUCAUCACCAACCUGAACGGCCUGCGGGAUGGCGGGAACUUCUCCAAGGAGCUGCUGAAGGCUCUCUACUGGUCUAUCCGGAGUGAGAAGCUCGAGUGGGCUGUGGAUGAAGAAAAUGCAGCCAGACCUGAGAAGGCCAGGCCGUCUGCCCCAGCUGGCAAGAUGAGCAGCCCCCUCCUCCAGCUGGCCCAGGACCCCACGGUGCCCACCUACAAGCAGGGCAUCCUGGCUCGGAAGAUGCAUCAUGAUGCGGAUGGCAAGAAGACACCUUGGGGGAAGCGCGGCUGGAAGAUGUUCCACACCUUACUGCGAGGGAUGGUGCUCUAUUUCCUGAAGGCAGAGGACCACUGUCCUGAGGGGGAGAGUUUGGUGGGGCAGAUGGUGGACGAGCCUGUGGGAGUACACCAUUCGCUGGCGACCCCUGCCACCCAUUACACCAAGAAGCCACACGUCUUCCAGCUGCGUACUGCCGACUGGCGCCUCUACCUCUUCCAGGCACCCACUGCCAAGGAGAUGAGUUCCUGGAUCGUGCGCAUCAACCUGGCCGCCGCCACGCACUCGGCGCCACCCUUCCCCGCCGCUGUGGGCUCCCAGCGCCGAUUCGUGCGGCCCAUCCUCCCGAUGGGCCCGGCCCAGAGCUCCCUGGAAGAGCAGCAUCGAUCCCAUGAGAGCUGCCUGGACGCUGCCUCCGAUGACCUGCUGGAUCUGCAGAGAAGCUUACCCGAGCGGCGGGGCCGCAGCCGCGACCUAGAGGAGUACCGCUUACGGAAGGAGUACCUGGAGUACGAGAAAACCCGCUAUGAGACGUACGUGCAGCUGCUGGUGGCCCGUCUACACUGCCCCACUGAGGACUUGGACCCGUGGGAGGAGCAGCUGGGGAGGGAAGCUGGAGGCACCCGGGAGCCCAAGCCCAGCCUGAAGAAGUCCCACUCAAGCCCAUCCCUGCACCAGGACGAGGCCCCCACCACAGCCAAGGUGAAGCGUAACAUCUCAGAGCGCAGAACCUACCGAAAGAUCAUCCCCAAGCGGAACCGCAAUCAGCUGUGAAGCCAGCACUGCAGCUAGCACCACCUCUCAGAUACUGGCCCUUGCUCUGGGGUAGACUUGAGGUGUAACUUGGAGGGGCCCUAUUUCAAUGAGCUCAUGAGAAGGGAUACGGUACCUGUCCCUUCCCACCUAGAAGGGAACCCGUGUCCUCAGAUUCCCUGUGGAAGGACAACCCUUCGUUUUCCUGUGGUCCUCAUUCCUUCACUCACUGGCGCUUUCCCAAAACUGCUGGACCCUUUCCCCCAUGGAGCCCUUCAGCUGCCCCAGGCCCUGGCCACUCCUGAGGGAGUUGAGGACUUGGCUCCACUUCCCGAGGUCUUCUUAUCUCACCCGCCAGCUUCCCUUCCUUAGGCACGAUCCAGAGCUGUCCAUUUCCCAGGCCUGGUGAGGAGCUCAGCCCUUGUUUGGGAAUCAGAGCACAAGUGGGUCCCUGGGCUUCUGGGAGAUCACAGUGGCAGCAGAGGCCUCUGGGAAGUCAAACUAGGAGAGCAGCAGCCCUGAGGAUGGUCUUGCCUCAGGAAUGAGGUGCCCUGCUAGGGGAGGCCCAGGAGAGAGGACUCACAGUAGACACCAACCAGCCUGUCUUGCUAGAGCCUGCCCACCAAGAGGGCAGCCUUGUGGGCAGGGGCAAGGGCUUCAGCAAGCUCCAGGGCUCUGGGAGGCUGACUCUGGGGCCCCAUGUGUCUUUGUCUUCUUCGGCUCCUUUUCCACCACAAUCAUCUAUGAACCCAAGCAGAUGCGAGAGGCCCUGGCCUUACGCGCCCAAUUGCUGAUCAACAGAGCAGAGCCGAGGGCUGCCUGUGAGUGAGGGCUGGAAGGGGUGGGGAGCUUCCAGAGCUCUGUGGAGAGCCCUGGGGCCCUGGGAACAAGGGGCCUUUGUUUCCUCAGAGCAGGGAAAGAGGUUCUCCAGGUUCAUACCCCUUGGGAGGGUGGUAGAAGUGGUAACAUUUGGUGGUGGUGGUGGUGGUGGGGUCCUCCCAGGCUGGAGCCACAGCUGAGAUUUGUGAGGGAGGGAUGGGGGGUUGGAGACCUGGGAGGCCAGGCGAGGCCCAGGUCAGGCUUGGGAUACCCCUGUGGUUCAGCAGGUCUGAGAAAACCCCUCCAUGCCCCCUUGCCACACCCCACAUCCCUAAAAGCCCCACUCCCGUGGGCACUAGGCUCCCUUCUGGCCAGCUCAUACCACCCCUAGCCAGCUCACAGGGGGCUUAGCUGCCCUCCCCCGAGAAAUCCCAGGGCACUGCCCUCUGGCUGUCUCCCAGCUGGGCCUGUUCUCUGGGGGAGGUUCCGGAGACUCAAGGACUGGAGCCUCUGCUGUGGGAAGGAGGCUGGGCUGGAGGGAGUGGCCGCCAUUGUCUCUGUUCAGCCAAGUGUGCGGCCGGGCUGUCCGCCAAGAGGGGGCCUCUCUGCUGCCCACUGGCUGCCUGCUGGCUGACGCCCUGCCUCUCCAGCCUUCCUGCUGGCCAGCCUCUUCCUUUCUGAUGCUUGUUAGCCAGUCCCUCAGCUGGGGACUGGCCCUUGGGGCCAUGCAGGGACUCUGGCUGAGCCAUGCACCCAACGAGUGCACAAUAAAUACAGGCCGACAAAGGAA